AUGCUGAGGGAGUGUCUGCUGCUGGGGCAUCCGUUGCUGCUGCCCCAGCAGCAGCAACAACCGCCGCAGCAGCAACCGAAGCAGCAGCAGCAGCAGCAGUCCAAGAUGCUGCUGCAGCAGCAGCAGCUCGUGCUUGACGACGGCGUGACCCUGAUCUUAGGAGAUGACGAUGAGGGGGGAACCUCCGAGCAGCAGCAGCAGCAGCAGCAGCAGCAGCACUUGUAUCUGCAUGAGCGCCGCAGCCGCAGCAGCAGGGAGUCCAGCUUGGCCAUAUCAAAGGCCCUGAAGCUCGAGAAGAGAGAAAAGGAAGUGAAGCUGCUGCAGCAAAGGGGCCCCUUAUAUGCUGCAAGCAUUCGCGUCCCCUGCCGCAGCCCAGCAGCAGCA